CACUAUGAUAAAAGAACAAGUUCUUCUAUCAUGGGCAACACCUUACAGCGAAUAUCAAUGCAAACUGGAAUGUAUUAAAAAUAAAAAUUAAGAUCCUAUAUAUAUUUAUCAAAUUGUAAUAUUAAUUAUAAUUAGUUUCAUUACAUUUUACCAGUAUAAUAUUAAAUCGAAAAUGAAGUAUUAUCUAGUCAUAUUUUUGUGUGUGUUAAUAAGUUAUUCGAAUUGUAAAAUUGAUAUUGAAGUCGAAGACGACGACGAGUUUGGAGAAUUUGAAGAUUCGGCUGGCAUUAAUAGAGACAGGAUUCUCAAGGAUGCUACGUUUUCAGUAGCAGACAAAGUCGAACCCGAUGUUACGAUUACCGUUGAAGACGAUGAUGAAUUUGAACAUUUUAACGAUGAAGAAGAAUUUGAGGGAUUCAACACAGAACGGAUACGUGUUAUUGAUAAAGAUCCAAAAAUCACUAUUGCUUCUGUACCUGUACCUUUCCAUGCUAACUGGUCCCAUUACAUAAUGGAAAUUAUACUAGUAUUGGGCAUCAUUGGAUAUUUUGUUAAUUUCUUCUACGGCAAAUCUCAAAAUGCUCGUUUGGCUGACAUUUGGUUGAAAACUCACAAGUCAUUGUUGGAAGAUAAUUUUUCAUUAGUUGGUGAUGAUGGCAAGAUUGAAGUCGAAAAUAGUGGCCUAAUCAAAGAAACUGAGAAUUUUUAUACAUUAUGGUGUAGUGGUCGCACAUGCUGCGAGGGAAUGCUUGUCGAACUAAAAUUUAUUAAGAGACAAGACUUGGCCUCAAUGUUUUGUCAGUUAUUACGACCAGCUCGUGAUGAAGUGCACAUCAAAGUUGAUAUGAACAAAGAAGAUAUGGAUACCUUUGUAUUUUGUGUGGCAUCUAAGAAGACGGCCACCCGAUUUUCAAAAGAAAUGGCUGACCUUAGUGUAUUUUGUCCAGAACGUAAACCUGGUGCCAAUUACGGCUUGACUGAUGGAUUUAGUGUUCAUAGUGAAUUAGGAGAAGUGGCUACUACCCUAUUAGAUCCUAAGACUGUUAACUAUUUAAACAAGUACUCUGAUGUUUUUGACUACUUGCACUUUUCCGAUAGAUACUCGGGACUUAAACUUCAGGAUGAGGCCGCAGUACCAACAAAGUUACCGCCUGUAAAGAAAGUGUUAAAUUUCACAUUCGUUAUUCCGACUGAUAAAUACGCGGAUCCACAAGAAGCAAUCGGUGCCGUGUAUCCAUUGCUGUCUUUUGUAUUCCAGUGUAUGGAACGUGUAAAGCGACUGAGAAUUAGUAAAGAGGCUAAAAGUAAAGCUGAGAAAAACAGACUACGCGUAGAAGAAGCAUUUUUAAAAACGACUCAUGCAGCCCGAGCCGAGGCCGCUGCAGCGAGAAAAGAAGAGAAGAGAAGACAAGAAAAAGAGAGAAUUUUAAAAGAAGACCCAGAAAAACAGCGAAAAUGGGAGGAGAAAGAAAUGAAACGGCAGCAAAAAAAAAAAGCACCAAGAAUGAAACAAUUGAAAGUAAAAUCCAUGUAAAACUAAAAUGGUGUUGUAUAAACUAUUGUGUGUUUUGAUUUGAUUUUUUUUUGGUUUGUAAAGUUGUGUACCAAUUUUAGUUUUACUAUAUAAUAUUAUUAGGGAUCAAACAAAAUGUAGAUAUACUAGAAUUUUUUUUUGUUUUUCAUUAUGUUAUACAUUUUAUAUUUACUGCCUACUUAUUUAAUAUAUUACUUAUAAAAUAAAUACAUUUUAUGUCAAA